GGAAUGCAUUUCAUUGUUGGUUUGUUUUAUUUCCCUUCCCAUUCUAUUGCCUAUUGACCCCCCUCUCCCUGCCCACCAGCUGAAAUGAGUGGUGGCGCUUCACCUGCUGUUCAGGUAAACCUGCUUAGUUCAGGCUGACCUCUUCCUCCAUGGCAGGCUACUACAGCGAGAGCGAGAGGAGUGUGGACGCUUAUGUAUACCAACAAGCCGAUUAUUCCGCUGAUUAAGCUCUGCUGCUGGUGUCGAGUUGGCCUGAUCCAGACAGGAGACUACGCAGGGAGCGCACAACCUGCCGCCCCGGCCGUUGGAGAGUUUGGUGUGUGUUAAAUAUUAAUGGAGGACGUUUUAGAUUGUAUUUUUCUAAGAACAUGUGUGAAUUUUACCGCAAUGCGUGGACUAAAAACGUUUUCUCCAACGGAACCGGGCAGAACCUUGGAAACGGAAGAUCUCCUCUGAAGUGUUUCUAACGUGUCAGUAAAUUUGGCUGCGAUUGAAAUGUAGUCUUUUUCUACUUCUAACAACUUUUACAUUGUUAAAUAAAAAAUGAAUAGCCCCAAUCAAGGUUUAGACGGACAUCAGAGCGCCUGGGAGAACCCCUCUUGUAGGGCGACCGCGGAGCCAACCAGACACCGCAGCAGUUGGAGCAGCCUCCGCUUCUCCGCCUGGAGGUCGGCCUCCCAGGCCUCCCGGAAGACGGCAGAACCGGCAGAACCGGCCAUCAGUGACGUGACCAAGACGCUGUUUACCCUGGUCCAAACUCACAACGACGAAUACACCGCGGACCCCGACGGCCUCCUCACGCCAGAGGAACCGGACAUAACUAGCACCAAUUUAACCACGCCGAAAGCAGAGGAGACCUCCCUUGGUGUGGGCGCUCAGUCCCAGGCAGGUGUGGACGAUGAACCAUAUGCCGACCAAUCCACUUUCUUCCAGCGGCAGUUCGGCUCCAUGCUGCAGCCAGGUGUCAACAAGUUUUCCCUGCGUAUGUUUGGCAGUCAGAGAGGUGUAGCGGCCGAGCAAGCUAGGGUUAAAUCCUUUGGAGUGUGGAUUAUCCACCCCUACAGUGACUUCAGGUUCUACUGGGACCUGGUGAUGCUGCUGUUGAUGAUGAGCAACCUGGUGAUCCUGCCCUGGGGCAUCACCUUCUUCGAGGACCAGAACACUCCGCCUUGGAUCACCUUCAACGUCAUCUCCGACACCCUCUUCCUGCUGGACCUGAUCUUCAACUUCCGCACGGGGAUCCCGGGGGAGGACGGCCACAUCGUGCUGGACCCCAGGGAGAUCCGUUCCCAGUACCUGCGCUCCUGGUUCGUGGUGGACUUCAUCUCCUCCAUCCCCGUCGACUACAUCUUCCUCAUCGUGGACAUCGAGUCCCGGCUGGAGUCGACGGACGUGUACCGCACGGCGCGCGCCCUCCGCAUCGUACGCUUCACCAAGAUCCUCAGUCUGCUGCGGCUGCUGCGCCUCUCGCGGCUCAUCCGCUACAUCCACCAGUGGGAAGAGAUUUUCCACAUGACCUAUGACCUGGCCAGUGCUGUGGUGCGGAUAGUGAACCUGAUUGGCAUGAUGCUGCUGCUGUGCCACUGGGACGGCUGUAUGGCCUUCAUGGUGCCCAUGCUACAGGACUUCCCUCCCGACUGCUGGGUGGUCAAGAACAACCUGGUGAAUUCCACAUGGCACCUCCAGUAUUCCUAUGCAUUGUUCAUGGCCAUGAGCCACAUGCUUUGUAUAGGAUACGGUGCCCACGCUCCCGAGGGUAUGAGCGAUGUGUGGAUGACCAUCAUGAGCAUGAUCGUUGGAGCCACCUGCUACGCCAUGUUCCUGGGCCAUGCCACCAACCUGGUCCAGUCCUUGGAUGCAUCUCGCCGACAGUACCAGGAUAAGUACAAACAGGUGGAACAGUACAUGUCCUUUCAUAAACUUCCGGCGGAUGUGAGACAGAGGAUUCACGAUUACUAUGAACAUCGAUUCCAAGGCAAAAUCUUUAACGAGGACAGCAUCCUUGGAGAGCUUAGCGAUCCGCUCAAAGAGGAGAUCGUCAGCUUCAACUGCCGUGGACUGGUGGCCAACAUGCCGCUGUUUGCCAAUACCGACCCUCACUUUGUGACAGUGAUCUUGACCAAGUUGCAGUUUGAGGUCUUUCAGCCAGGGGACCUGGUCAUACGGGAGGGAACACUUGGUCGGAAGAUGUACUUCGUCCAGCACGGCUGUCUCACCGUGCUCCCGCGUGGCGGGAAGCCGCUGGAGCUGAACGACGGGGCGUAUUUUGGGGAGAUCUGCCUGCUGACGCGGGGUCGGCGGACGGCGAGCGUCCGGGCCGAGACGUACUGCCGCCUCUACUCGCUGAGCGUGGACAGCUUCAACGAGGUGCUGGAGGAGCACCCGCUGAUGAGGAGCGCCUUCGAGAGCGUGGCCAUCGACCGUCUGGACCGGGCGGCGCGGAGGCCAAGUCACUGAGAGGGAGGGAGAGGGAGAG